AAUGGUAAACUAUUAUAACUAGAUCAAAAGGGUUUCUUUGUCUCCGUUUUUUGACCGUUGCAACAUCAAAUUCUUAAGCAACACGAAAACCUGAAGCUACCCAGAACAAUUAAAGAAACUUAACAAAAACAGAGAGGAAACCAUCAACAAUGGCAGAAACUAACUGCUAUCUGAACCAAUCCCAUCAACAAAACCCUAGUGUUCAAUCUCUCUUUCAAGCCAUUGAUCAUAUCUCUCUAAUUCUUUCUCAAAACUCAGCAGAUUCUGAUCAACCGGUGCAUUUAAAACUGACCACUGAGAGUUAUAUCAUGGAAAGAGGGCCGAGAUACAGAGCGUAUGCAGAGUUAAGAGAGAAAAGACUAAGAAUGACGAUGUUAAAGCAACAAGAAUAUGAAGAGACUGAUUUUAAACAAACUCCACCAAAGAAACAAGUGAAGUUUCAUGGAAAUUUGGGGAAUUCAAGAGAAGGGUCCUCUAUCUUGGCUCAAUCGGUGCCUGAUUUCUCGGCUACUCUGAGGAAAGAAAACCGAAAGCCACGGCAAGAGCUGACCCCUCCAUCUAAGAAUGUGUCAAAAACUAAUAAUGGGUUUCUAUCGAAUUCGAGAGGGAGUAAGUCUGCAAAUGCUGGGGAGAAAAGGAAUGGUGGUUUGUUAAUGGCGAGGAAGAGUUAUGCAAGUGUUGAGGAAUUAAAAGGAUUGUCUUUGGCUGCUGCAAAUGCUAUUAAUGGAGAUAACAGAGGAAACAGAGCAGGUAGAGGAGGAGUUGGUAUUGGUAUUGGCAAGAAUGUUAUGGGAUAUAGAAAAUUUUGAUAUUGAUCCAUCUAUGGUGGUUUCUUAAUACAUUCUGAAAUUUGUUGAUCUCUUAACUGGGUUUUUGUUUAGUUUGGUUUGAUUUUAUCAGAAUUUUCUCACUACUACUGCUAUUUCUGUAAGUUCUA